AUGUUCCUCCAAAAGAUAACCAACUUCGCGGAGGGAGAGAUAUGCAAAGUGCUAUGCGUGGGGGCGGAGGUCAAAACUCUGGAGAGAAGGUUGACGAGGAUCAAAGGCUUUCUUCGCACUGCAGAGCAAAGAAGGCAUGUAGAUUCGGACAUGGACACCUGGGUGAGGGAGUUGAAGGAUGUCAUGUACGACGCUGACGAUAUCGUCGAUCUUUGCAUCUUCGAAGGUGGCAGCUUGCUGAAGGUAAGCAAUCCUCCUUUCUUUAGACCUAUCAUAGACCGCCAUGAAAUCAGUGGCAGAAUAAAUAGUCUUAAUGAAAGACUGAAAGAGAUCACGGGAGAUAGAUCUAUAAUACCUGAUGUAGAGAUCGUCGAAAAAGCCCUCCCACUUCACCCAGUAAGAUCUCGUGAGACAUCUUCCAUAGAGGUUAAGGCAGACAUCAUAGGAACCCAAAUCGAAGGCGCUGCCCAAAAUCUGAUCAACUCCAUAGUGGAGAUCAGUGAGAAGCCAAAGUGUGUUGUUUUUGGGAUUGUCGGGAUGGGCGGGAUUGGGAAGACCACUCUAGCGCGUAAAAUAUUCAAUGAUGAAAGGAUCAUACAAAACUAUCCGAUUCGAGCAUGGUUGUGUGUCACGAAGGACUAUUCAGAGACUGAUUUGCUUAAAGAAAUGAUUAGAAGCGUAGGAGGAAGUGUUGAAGGAGCUGAGAGUAGAGCGGAACUUGAACCUAAACUUGUUUCCCUCCUAUCGAGAAAUUUGCUUCUGGUAUUAGACGAUGUAUGGAGUGCAGACGUAUGGGAAGAUUUACUCAAGAACCCUUUGAUUCUUGGAGCAACCAGUAAUUGUAGGAUCGUAGUUACAACUAGAGACGAAAACGUGGCAAGAAAUUUGGGAGACAAUGUUCAUCAUGUUGAGAAAAUGGAUGAAGAGUGUGGCUGGGAAUUGCUGUGGAAGACGGUUUGGGAUAAUAGAGAGAAGGACGAUAUUUCUAGAUUCAAAAAAAUUGGAAAUAAAUUGGUUCAAAAAUGUGAUGGACUUCCUCUCGCAAUCAAGGUUCUUGCGGGGGUUUUAAGAUCCAGGAGAAGUCCGAUGGAGUGGGAAAGGGUUAUCAGAAGUGAUCUAUGGAGGAUGAAGAAGUUCGAUGAGAAUGUACUGGGGGUUUUGUUCUUGAGUUAUGAAGAUUUACCUUCUCAUCUUAAGCAGUGCUUUCUGCAUUGCUCUUUGUUUCCCGACAAGGCUGAUAUGUACCGUAAGGAUCUUAUCCGGCUUUGGGUGGCUGAAGGAUUCACAGAGGAGAACGGAGAACUAUCGAUGGAAGAGAUUGCCGAGGGUUAUUACGAGGACUUGAUCUGGCGAAACCUACUGCAGGUGGAUCCUACCUUUGUAGACGGCAGCAGAUGCACCAUGCAUGAUCUUUUGAGAUCGCUUGCUCAGUCCUUGAUCCAAGGAGAGGGUGUCUAUGUCAGUGAUCUCCAAUCAUUGAAUUCGGACCCAUUAACUAAGCUUCGUCGAUUGUCAACAUCAAACAUAGGGGAGAGGAUACAGCUCCCCGACAGAAUCGUUGAAGAGAAGUGUUUAAGAUCUUUGCUCAUCUUUGAUAGCCCUCGUGCCCGUACAAUUGGAGAUGAUCUGUUUAAAAAGCUAAGGAAGCUGAGAGCAAUUGCAUCUAUUCUGCAUGAGUCAAGAUCGAGCGCAAUGUACCGUGGAACAAACCCAAAGAGCUCGGAAGAUAUGCCAUGGACUCUGUCCCCCACCGAGCCUGCUGUAUCUUUCUAUCAAAUUCUUUCCCGGUAA